CCAUAGACAUAAGGUUAACAUUUUUUCUUUGAAGAUUACUGCCCGUGCAAGGUGCCUAUGAUACGAUGAAUUUUAUCACGAUUACAAGAAAAUUGUGUUAGUAUUUUGAAAUUCCAAAAAAGCUACUUUACAGGUUUUUUACAAGCAAAAUGCCAUCAAAACAGAGAAAAAUUGCUAUGAUGGGUUACAGAUCAGUCGGGAAAUCUUCACUAAUUAUUCAAUUUGUUGAGGGUCAAUUCGUAGAUUCUUAUGAUCCAACUAUAGAAAACACAUUUACAAAAUUUAUUCGCCUAAAUUCAACAGAAUAUGAAGUUAAAUUAGUAGAUACAGCAGGUCAAGAUGAAUACAGCAUAUUUCCAUUACAGUAUAGUAUGGAUUUUCAUGGCUAUGUUUUAGUUUAUUCUAUUACUUCAAGCAAAAGUUUUCAAAUAGUACAAAUCAUUUAUGAUAAAUUGUUAGAUAUGGUUGGAAAAAUACAUGUACCAAUAGUCUUAGUUGGAAAUAAAACAGAUCUUCAUUUAGAGAGAAAAAUAAGUACAGAUGAAGGAAAGCGACUUGCUGAGAAAUGGAAGGCUGCUUUUGUUGAAACCAGUGCAAAACGCAAUGAGUCGGUAACUGAUAUGUUUCAUGCAAUAUUGUCUGAAAUUGAAAGGUCUGAUGGACAUAUACAAGAGAAAAAUGGAUGUGUUAUAUCUUAAUGAAACGCACUUUUAUAGGCUCUUUUGGACAUUGCACUCUCUACUUAAGCUGAAAGUGGUACAUAUGUUAUAGUUUAUGUGCACUGCUGUCAUAGUAGCAAUAAUGUUUCCUGCAUAUUUGAUAAGUGCAAACAUGGUUUUGUAGGUUUCCUAUUUCAUGUUAUAUAUAGGUUAUUACCUAUAUCAUAUAUUAAAAUUGUAAAUCAUAUAUUAAAAAGUUGAAUAGUUUUGAUUUGGUUUGUAUAAAAUGAAACUCAUUAAAAUAGAUUGAUUGUAACUAUAAGUAAUUUACAUUCUGGUUUAAGAUUACAUAUUCUGAACACAACUUGAUAAUUUAUAAAGUAAUUGCUGAAUUAUGACGAUUAUAAAAUCAAAUCUUCAAUCCAGAAUGUUUGUUUCGUUGAUUGUUAUAACAUUUCCUAUUUGCUAAUUUCAAACAGUAAAUUGACUGACAGCAUUAUACACAAAUAUUCAGCUGAAACCCAACAAAGCAUCAGCAUUUAAUUAAAAAUAGAUAUAAACUGCUUUAUAAAUAUUACUUAUUGUAAAUAUAAUUGUAUGUGUUUUUCUUACUCAUGUUGUACAAAAUAAUUGCAUUAAUUUAUUAAGUCGUGUACAUGUAAUGAUCGUUUUAUAAAAUGUUAUUGUGGGUGUGGCUAAGUUUAUUGAUAUAUAAGAGCAGCCAUGUCUAGCCUAUAUUUAUAUCCCUAUUUCCACUUUGUCUUUUCACAAGAGAUCAGACAUUGAUUUUCUUUGUAAUUAUUUGAAUAAUUACAAUUUUUUUUGUACAUUGUACAUUUUCAAAUUUUAGCAUAACAUAUUAUAAACCAUGGAAUGCCAUGUGAACCUGCAUUCGGUUUAAUGCUUGGAUUAAAUUAUAUUUGUAUUAGUGACAUGCAGCUUUUUGAUAAGAAAAGGGGUGCUGCUUGACUGAAGUUGAAUGGUGUUUUAAAAUAUCAAUAAAAAAAAAACUUUAAUUCUACAUGUAACUUUUUCAAGUCUCUGUUUUUCAAUUAAGUGUCACCCAUAAUUUUCUGAAUCAGAACUGCCUGUUUUCUAGGAUAUAAAAAGUACCAACAAUGCAAUAGUAAUUACAAAUAGACUAAAUUAGAAUGUAACAACACCUCUUAGAUAUAUGAUGUGACAGCUGAGUGUUGUAAUAGAUUGCCUUUAAAAUUAUUUCAGUCACAAUUAACAUUUUAUGGGAAUCACAACAGAGCUGUGUGUGGGAAUUCACAUUCUCAUGAUUUAAUAUAAAAUUCUGAUGAACAAAUUGUUUUGGAGCAUUUUUGCAUCAUCUGUGCUAGGGGCAUAGUAAGAAUUUUGUUGAUGAGGCAAAAGAAAAUUAUAUAGUUACAUAAUAUUAAUGUAUGUUCAUAUAUUAAUUUUCUUCACAGAAACUCUGCGGGGCUUAAUUUUUAUAUUACAUACCCAUCUUUUGCAAAGUAUUAUUCAAUUAAGGGACUUUGAAAAACAUGUACAUACACGGCUGCACGUCAAGUUAUCACAAAAUGUUGAAUUUUCGCAUUUUGAUUUGAACUCUACCCUCUAAUCAUAAAGUUUAAAAUCAAUUGUAGUAAUUUGACAGAUUUUAUAACGUCACGUGCUGUUGAUUGUACGUUCUAACGUAGCUUUUGUAAUUAAUUUAUUUUAAAAGAUAUUUUUGUGAAACUCCUUUUUUUAAAUGUUUUAUAAAUUACACUAGUGCCUGGGGCAAGUACUCCCAUUUGCUCCCCUACCCCUAAAUCCGGCUUUGAUUAAAGAUUAUCCUUACAGUAAUCACUUAAGAUUAAAACCCUUAAUCUAAGGUAAUCUUUAAAUCUUUCACAAACCAUUUCAAGACCGAUCUUGUAUUCCUUUUUAUUUUUUAGAGCUCUGCAAACGGAUACAACGGCACC